AUGGCAGGCUCUGGUGAGCGCAAAAGCAAGAAAGAUGACAAUGGCAUCGGGACGGCCAUCGAUUUUGUGCUCUCCAACGCCCGGCUGGUGCUGGGGGUGGGAGGAGCAGCCAUGCUUGGCAUCGCUACGCUAGCAGUUAAGCGGAUGUACGACAGGGCGAUCAGCGCCCCCACCAGCCCCACCCGCCUGAGCCAUUCAGGGAAAAGGAGCUGGGAGGAACCAAACUGGAUGGGCUCUCCCCGACUGCUCAACAAGGACAUGAAGGCAGGCCUGAGCAGGUCCCUGCAGGCUCUUCCCACAGGCUCCUCUGCCUUUGACACAGAUACAUUCUGCCCGCCCCGGCCCAAGCCAUUGACCAGGAAGGGCCAGGUAGACUUGAAGAAGUCACGACUCCGCAUGUCCCUGCAGGAGAAACUUCUCACUUACUACCGGAACCGGGCGGCCAUCCCUGCCGGCGAGCAGGCUCGGGCCAAGCAAGCUGCUGUGGACAUAUGUGCCGAGCUCCGGAGCUUCCUGCGGGCCAAGUUGCCUGACAUGCCACUUCGGGACAUGUACCUGAGUGGCAGCCUCUAUGAUGACCUGCAGGUGGUGACAGCUGACCACAUCCAACUAAUCGUGCCCCUUGUGUUGGAGCCAAACCUGUGGUCAUGUAUUCCCGGGGAGGAUACCAUCAUGAACGUCCCUGGCUUCUUUCUAGUUCGCCGGGAGAACCCAGAGUAUUUUCCUCGUGGUAGCAGUUACUGGGACCGCUGUGUAGUAGGGGGCUACCUUUCUCCGAAGACGGUGGCAGACACGUUCGAAAAAGUAGUGGCUGGCUCCAUCAACUGGCCAGCCAUCGGGUCCCUCUUGGACUAUGUGAUUCGACCAGCCCCGCCCCCAGAGGCCCUGACUCUGGAAGUGCAGUAUGAGCGCGACAAGCACCUCGUCAUUGACUUCCUGCCAUCAGUGACCCUUGGUGACACUGUCUUGGUGGCCAAACCACACCGGCUAGCCCAGUACGACAACCUGUGGCGGCUGAGCCUGCGUCCCGCCGAGACGGCGCGCCUGCGAGCCCUGGACCAGGCUGACUCGGGCUGCCGCUCCCUGUGCCUCAAGAUCCUCAAGGCCAUAUGCAAGUCCACUCCAGCCCUGGGCCGCCUCACUGCCAGCCAGCUCACCAAUGUCAUCCUCCACUUGGCCCAGGAGGAGGCUGACUGGUCUCCGGACGUGCUGGCCGACCGCUUUCUGCAGGCCUUGAGGGGGCUCAUCAGCCACUUAGAGGCCGGCGUUCUGCCCAGUGUCCUGAACCCUAAGGUGAACUUACUUGCAGAGCUCACCCCCGAGGAAAUAGACGAAUUGGGAUACACACUCUAUUGCUCGUUGUCCGAGCCGGAGGUGCUGCUGCAGACGUAGGGCAGGUGAAGGCCGAAGCAGGUGUCGGAUGCUCAGGCCCCUGAUUCUCCGUUAGAAACACUUGGCUGCAUAGUUGGUGCCUCACAGGGUCCCUGGGUGCCGCCUGUCUUGCCGGUCAUCACCCUGGUUACUUUAUGCUGAUGAGAAUGACAUAUCUGUCUCCUCUUUUCUCACCAACCCUUUCGAUUUUUGUCAUCAGACACUGUGCUCCCUACUCUUCCCCUCCCCCCUGCUCCAGGCUAAUUUUCCUUGAAUGAAUUGAGAAGGUGGAGCCCUGGCCUGAGCUGUGGCAACCACUUGGUAUUUUGCAUCUUGGCCUAGGUCUGUCGUGUCGGCUGUGCCGCCUGCCCCUUUUUGGUGUCUGCUCUGUCUCUCCCACCUGUUCACAUCUUUGUUGCUUUUUUCUUCCUGGAGCAUAUCUGCCUAAUUAAGAUGUUGCCUUGCAGUCGACUGUCACUGAAGUUAGGAUUGCAUGUUUCAAACUCAACUCUGCAGAGAGUGCUCAGACAGUAUUUAGGAUUUCCGGGGAUAACGCUGGUGGAAAAGCUGGUCUUUGACCUAAGUUCCUGGAAAAAAGAAGCCCACCCCCCACCUCUUGACCAAUUCAUAUCCAGAAGGACCGAGAAGGUCUGCUGGGUACACUGUUGGCUGCCGCACAUGGAAAUGAGGGCUCACGAUAAACUGGAUACAGAGUUAUUCAGAAAUUGUGUUUCUUAGUGGCCAUCAGUGGGAGUGCAGAGUGGGGGAACCUGGAGGUGGUAGUGGGGUCUGUGUGCAUGAUGUCUGUGCCUCACCUGGGGCUGGUCACACCCAGCACCGCUUCGUGAAGAUGUCAGAUGCUGCUGUUGGCCCCUCCCUGCUGUAUUGCUAAUGAGGACAAGGCCUUUAAGAACACAGUCUUAGUGCUUGAGGUUGACAGGCAGCUGAACAUUAAUGACCACAUUCCCGUCAGGCCUGCCUUUCUUGGAUAUUGCCUUAGAGCAAGAACAGGUCCAACAGCCAGCCCUUCGAUCCCCAGGGUGUGCCAUAGGAACGUGAGGGAGUGUCUGCCUAACUCUGCAGGCAUCGCCAGAGGCCAGAGGGCAGGCAGACAUGCACAGACCUCUUCCCUCCAUCCUCUCACCCAGCACCUGGGGAGAUCAGUGCUACCCAGGAAGAAAGCACAUGGCUAGAACACAUGAGAGGGACGUGGGUACUUCCCACAUUCCUUCUUGUUUCCUGCUGCUAAAAUUGCACUAUUUAUUGCAAUGUAAAAAGUAUCUUGAGAGUGGGGAGGAAUAUUUAAUAUACAAUGUCAGUGCAUCUUGUUUAGUGUUUUUUUUUUUUCCUGUUUGUGGCAGGAGGCUGAUGAUAAUUCUAUUUCUGAUCUGCCCAUCCAGUAUUUUGUUCUCCCAUCAAAUCUUUUUAUUACUACCUCCCCAUCAAUGAGAUUCUGGUGAAGCUCUUUGCAGCUGUCUCAUUCCUUUCCAAUGACAGCGACAUGAAGUGACCCUUUAAAUAGCAUUGAAACCUUAGCUUCCCUUUGAAUUUAAGGUAGAGACUCCUGUCCCCUUUUUUGUCAUGGUUUAGUAGGUUGAGCAGUAGGAUUAAUGUUGGCUAUAUUUAGAGACUCUUCCUGUCUCUUCUCUUACAUACAUGCAAAGGCUCCCUAAAAUGGUUCAGUUGUUUCCUCUGUAUCAAGACGUUGAGAGAGAAUGAAAAACUGACAGCCCAGAACCCUGAGAGGUUCUCCAUCUUGGCUGUUCAUCAGAGUCAAACUGGGAGUUUAAAAUGCUCUGUAUGCCUGAGUCCCAUCCUGGGUGACUGGUGUAGAGCGUGUGGGGUGGAGCCAAGCACUGAUGCACCCAUCUGCUGUCAUUAGAAGAAAAGGUAGGGCUAUGAGUGUUUGAAAAGCAUUCCUUCUUGUUUUUCUUCAUUCAGAGAAGGGAUCUGGUUUUCCCAUUUGGAUAUUAGAAAACCUGGAAUUUUCCCAAGCAGGUGUCUCUGACCAAAUUCUAUGUAAGACAUUGGAUGAAGACUCAAAAAAACAAAAGACUUUAUUUUUUUUUAAACAAAAGACUUUAAAAGACCAAAUCCCAAAUCAUCUAAGCCAAGUGUAAUUGUGAUUUGAGUUUAUCUCUGAGCAUCUUUCUGCAGGCAGCUCUGUCUCUUACCUGUUUUCACAAAACCAAAACGCCUAACUCUGCCAUUUCACAAGCAAGAAUCUCUUAGCAGUCCUCAGAACUAGAAGCAGUGGGAAUUCUUGACUCUAGUCCUGGUGAGUUUGCUGACAGAUGGGGCAAGUCCCAUCAUCACAUGUGGAUGACAGUUCAGUGCUUUUGAGAUUCUUGGAUGGAGGAGGGGACCCCCCCCUACACACACAUUUUUUUUUUUUUUUUUUUUUUUCAUCUUUGGGGAAAGACAUAGGGCCUUUUCCCACCUUUCUACCCUGUAACUCUCACCUUUGCCUGAAGUAACAGCAUCUGCUUUUACCCCAUUUGGAAAUUUUUUUGCAACAUCUAGGUUAGCAAACCACAGUUAGCUUAAUGCUUGAAAAAAGACUCAUCAUCUCAAAAACCCAAUCAAUUCCAAAGUGUAUUUUGGUUUUCCCUGUUGCCCCUUCCUAAAACAUGAGUUCAAUACCAAGUACUUUAUACUCUUGGUUGUGACUUUUUGUUUUCCCAAAUAAAAAAAUAAGUGAAGCUCAUGUUUGGAAAAAUUGUGUUGUGAGACCUAUAAUCUUUCCUCCUGGGCUCAGCCCCUGUGGUCCUCCUGUUCAUAUUCUUGAUUGGCUGGUUUGCUCCCUGGUACUUCACUCAAGUUGAGAACGCACGUGAUUUUGAUGAGGAAUCAGCUUUGGGAUCAAGAGGCCCUGGAGAGGGUCAGGGGUGGGGUUGUGUGAGCAGGGAUCCCUGCCAUGUGUCCAGAGGCUCUGCUGUGGCAAUCUUUGAGACUAUGACCCUGGCCGAGAACUGCUCUCACAGGACGUGUUAGAAUCCUGACCUUUGCGCCGAAGCUUAAAGCCAGAGACUGGUAAGAGGACGUAGGACUAGAGUUGUGAGGCUGUAGCCCUUGUAGAUAGACUUAGCUGAUUCGAAGAGGCCAAAAUACCAGAGGUGUGUGUUCUGGGGUUAACUGUAUACAGUGUGUUGUUUACCUUUCCAUUACAGUCACCUCAUGCUCUCUAUUCUUCACCCCUGAGGCCAAGUUCACAACCUGCCUUCCAGUCAUCUGCCUGCCCUUCAAUAAGAGGUCAAUAUGUCUGGCAGAUAGGUUUGGAACCCAUCACCAGUCUUUUCUGUCUGUCUCGGCUAGGUCCCGAGAGAAGCAGUUUUGCCCUGAGACCCAGACAACUAUUAUCCUUUUUCUCCCUGAGGGAGGAAAUAAAGCCGGGGAACGUGCUGUCUCUUUACAGCAUGGGAAAACGAAAAUAAAGUUUCCAACAGCUUUG